GCGAUGCCCUAACAACAAUUCCUUCAAAUGUAUACACUCAUAUUUAAUGAAUGCAAACUGUAAUUGAUCAGGACCCGUAUAGUGUCGGUUUCGAACUGCAGACUGAAGUCGCCAUGUCAAAUGUGUGUUCUAAGUUAAUAGGGUUAUUAAAGGGAAACGCAGCGAGAGCUCGAUGACUCCUUAUCUUGUUUGGGAUCCGUUAUUUCAGUGUCUGCUGAAUGCUACCACUGAUUUUCGAAAUAUUUAAGCCACACUCAUCAAGAAGAUGGACAGCUAUGGGUUCUCCAGUGACAUGUUCAGUGGCAGAGCAGUUCUGGGGGAGGACAGCUCGGUCAUGGCCCGAAUGCAGAAGAAGUUCUGGAAGACCAAGCAGGUUCUGAUCAAGGCCACAGGGAAGAAAGAAGAUGAGCAUGUGGUGGCAUCUGAUGCAGAUCUUGAUGCCAAAUUGGAGUUUUUCUAUUCAGUCCAGAGCACUUGCACAGAACUCCUGAAAGUGAUUGAGAAAUACCAGCAAAGAAUCAUACACCUCUCUCAAGAGGAGAAUGAGCUCGGACUGUUCUUGCGCUUCCAGGCAGAGCAUGAUAAAACAAAAGCAGGCAGUAUGAUGGACGCCACCAGUAAAGCCCUCUGCUGUUCUGCCAAGCAAAGGUUGGCGCUGUGUCCCCCUCUCCAUCGUUUGGAACAGGAAGUGGAGACGUUCCGGAGGAGAGCCAUCGCAGACACCCUGCUGACCGUGAGCCGGAUGGAGAAAGCCCGUACUGAGUACCGCGGAGCUCUGCUAUGGAUGAAGGACGUCUCACAGGAACUGGACCCAGAUACUUACAAACAACUGGAAAAAUUUCGCAAGGUUCAGGCCCAGGUUAGAGGAACAAAAGUGCAUUUCGAUAAGCUGAAGAAUGACGUGUGUCAGAAAGUGGUCAUGCUGGGCGCCAGUCGCUGCAACAUGCUUUCACAUUCCUUAUGUACUUACCAGACAACGCUAUUACAGUACUGGGAGAAGACUGCACAUGUGAUGUCUGGCAUCCAUGAGGCCUUCAAAGGAUAUGUACCUUACCAGUUCACUACCCUUAAAGAAUUAAGGGACCCAUUGGAUCAAAUUGUCUCCACGCAGACAGCAGAGGACAGCAAAGACAAGGAAAAGAAGACACAUCCAGACAAAUUAGGUCUCUUCAGGCAAGGGGCCUCUUUGAAGGCUCUGGUUACUGAUCUUCUUGUUUCACUUGAAGAUGAACAGCUGGGUGAAUCAUCCGAUACUGUUUCUACUCGUGCGGUAGAUGGUCAGAGUAGAGGAUCUGACAGUUCUUUGUGUGCCAGUCUGGACUCUGCAUUGAAUGAACAAUUAGGCCCUAUUGGUGGAGAUAGCACAGAUGAUGACCUCCUAUUAUUGACCCCUGAGCCUGGCUCGACCCCUUCUCUCAUUCCAACCCUACACCCAUCCAUGUCCGUUAUGCAGCCUCAGAUACUGCAGGAGGCCUCAAAGCCUUCUGCUAUUCAGUGGGGCGUAGGCGUAUCACAUGAGGGAAAGCAAGAUACCUUUCCCAGCAGUCUACCACCUGAAAUAGUAGGCAGGGAUCUGUUGUCUGAGGUGAAAGAAGAGGAGGGAGAGAGAGGUGACCUGGCCUUCCUGCAGGAUCUGCUGAGUCCUGGGGCUGCGGGUGGCACUAGUGAGUUUAGUAAGGCAUGGCAGGAUGCUUUCGGCUGUUUUGAGGCCCCUCCUGCUCCUGUUACCGCUCCUUCACUGCAAACAGGAACGGCAAACACACCCACUGGCUUCCUCCCAUCACAGCUCCUGGACCAUAGCCUUAGCGCCACAGGAUGGGCGACUCCACCUAUGUUUCAAGCCCCGCCCCUCCAACCACCUUCCAGUGGAGGACAGCCUACCCAGAAUAGUCCACACUCAUCUGCCAGUGCACCUAAGGGAAGCUCCAGGGACAUGUCUGCCUGGUUUAACCUCUUUGCAGAUUUGGACCCUCUGUCCAACCCAGAUGCUAUUGGACGCAGUGAUCAGGAGUUCCUUAAUGCCUAAGUGAAGGAUGGUCUGGAGCUCUAUCACAUCCAAAAUAUUCUUUGAUGGAAAGGAGUGCAUAUCCCAAGCCUUUAUUCGGAGCUGGAUCACUACCUCUCCUGAAACAAUUCAACCUGAGCCAAGGAAGCAUCCAGAAAUCUCUAUCCAUAUAAAACACUGGAAGGUUUCUGAGAUAUGGGAAUGUCUCUCUUUUCUCCAUUCUUUCAUUGUGUGCGUGAAUUUACUGUAUGUUCAUUAGGACACCUAUAGUGUUGUUACCUGAGAGCAAAGAAUCUGUUACUUUAUGAAGUGCACAUGUUUAAAGGGACGUGAAGGUGAGGAUUUGCCCAUCUCGUAUAUGAGGGGCUUUUUUGCCUAGGACCAAACCUGCGUAAAUGUGUGCAUAUCUGUUUGCUUUGUACGAUGGGAGUUUUAAUGUCCAGAAACAGGGUUACAGAUUUAUAACAUCCAUUAUAAAUUAUAGACUAUUUUUAAUUAAGACCGAUACCCAAAGUGUGUGAAGUUGCGUGUAAAUCACAAAUAUUUUUUGGAGUCUGGAUUAGUUUAACCCUAAAUGAUAAAAUAAAUCAAAUUAUGUAUUAAUCUAAUAAAAAAAGUGUUACUGUUAACUACAUAUGCAAGUUGUGUGCUGUGCCAUUAGUUUGGUGGGAAUGAGAAGGUCACAGUUUAAUGGAGCUAAUCGUAGGUGAUGCAUUCUUGUUUUCAGUGACAGAAAUGCUGAAAUGCUCUCACGCAGAGAAAUUACAUCUCCCAAAUGUUCUUCACUGUCACACUGUGAUGCAAAACACUGGAAUGUUUUUGUAUGUGAUUUUAUUUGGUUUGUCACCUUUAGCACAGGUUUACCUAAAUAUCCUACUCUAGAAAACGUUACACAUUUCAUUUUAUCCCAGAUGAUCAUGCUUAGUCUCAUCAGGAGUGACCAAUCGGUUUUCUGUUGCAUUGAAGAAAUCAAGUUAUCGCUUGCACUAAACUGUAUCCGAGUCCCGUCUCGGAUUGUUCUAGAAUGUAUGUUGUCUGUUUUAAGCAUAGACAUGUUCGUUGAUCUGAAUAGCUUUGUCUGUACAUUUCGCACAGGAUUUCACUCCAUAUUUAAUGGAGCACGUUUUUGUCUUUGAGUGGUUUAAACAUUUUGAAGUGUCACUUUGUGUUUGGAUGCUAUUGUAUCACUUUUGUUUGUAAGAAAAAGA